CAGACAAUAAAAAGCUCGUAUCUUUUGCCUUUUGCCAAGUUUUGGGGUCGGACGUCCCUCGCGCCGAGGGUGCCCGAGUGUCCGGGCUGACCUUGGCUGGGGAACGAUGGUACUCACGCGCUGGCAGACUUCGUGCCCGUAAUAACAUAACAGCUCGGAUGAAUAAGGCCGCCUCUCCCUCUCUGGAACAUCGCGUAACCGCAGCACAGGUGGUGUGUAAAAGGUUGAGGACUAUAAAGGACCCUGAUGCGUACUUUGACACAGCACAACACGAGUUUAGUGUUGCUUUGCGAACUAUGUCUCUCGAUCUACUGGACUCAUUGGACAGACGCCUGAAUGCUCUGGGAGAAAAGGUUGCCAGGCUGGAGGCAACCACAAGGAAAGUGGUCAUCUCUCGUGACGCACGGGCUGGUGCACAAGAGAUAGCGGCUAAUUUUGCUGCACAGCAAGAACGUGCUGAAAAAUCAUUGUUGUCACUAUGGCUACAGGGUUAUGUCCGUCGCCUCCCACGACUCACGGCCAACGCCAAUGAUCAUGAAGAAGAUGUUGACCUUUUGCUUGAUGCGGUGGAUUUUGCUUUUUGUCGUUGUGCACUGAAUGUUGCUAUAUCAUCUUCAAGUGUGUCUCAGGAAAAGCUCAUGUCCUCGAGGGUUGUAAGCAUACUCAUCUCUAUGGUUGAUGGGGCCAACAAGGUGCAGCUACAGCAAGUAUUAUUCCUUAAAUAAGUCGCUGAGCCAUAUCAGGCAAUGCAACAAACAAAAAAUAAAAGUAAUGACCAAAGCAUUAGCAACAGUGUCUCAAGAUUGUCGGUGUCUUUUGGUAUUGAAGGGAAUACAAUAAACAUGUUCUUGUGCUCAGGCUACUUUAGAUGCUGCAGCGUUGGUGACUGGCCCAUGCCUGAUGGCAUUGGCACAUCUCGCUCGUAGAGGUGAUCUUGUGUGUAGCCAAAUUGCUGACGCAGCAAGCCGUGUCGUGUAAUGAGAAGUGAUUUGCACAAAAAAGCAAUAUAGUACAGGCAAAUGGAAUUCUGGUUGUUAUUAAUUGCAUGAGGAUAGUACAACACCCAACUGUCCUCGCCCAGGCCUGUCGUACACUUAGUACCCUGUCUCUGCUUCCCCAAAAUAGGCAGCAAAUUGCAAACAGAAAGGGCAUAAACAUCCUUGUUCGAUUAUUGGCCGCUUCUCAGCUAUCACCGAUACCAGGAGAUCAUUUCUUGAGUGCCGAAUUUAACGGUAUGCAGGUAAAUGAGUCUAUCCAGGAGGCAGCCCUUGCUGCAUUUACAAAUCUCACGUAAGAGCCAGUAUAUAGUGGAAUACUCCGAUGAUGCCUUCCUUGUAUUCUAGGAACUCAUCGGAGCCAAAUCGACAACUCGUUGCUGAGCUGGGUGGUAUUGAACAUAUAGUUUCAUGUAUUCUCUUUGCACGUCAUGGGGGGCCGGUCCGAAACGCAGCUCAGGCAAUAGCGAACGUUGCAUACGGAUCUCAUUUCUCAGUUGCGAGAUGUAUCAUGGCGCGAGCUGACGUUGCAAUUUGUUCUGCAAUUGGUGCUACAGACUUUCUAGACGAGGACAGACUGCUUGAAGCAGCGUGAUCCAGCGGCGUGCACAAAAAGUCACAAAAGUUUAUAGUUUCGCAAUGAAUAUACGCACAGGUAUAGGGCACUGGCAAAUAUGGCUUUGGAUGAAGCAGCUCAAACAGGACUAGCCUCUGGUGAUGCAAUGACCUGGUGUGUCCGAGGGCUUCAAAAAUGUGGCUAUGUUCAUGUACUCAGAGCAGCUGCGCACGCCACAGCUGCUAUUGCAUACAAGUCCAGAGCCAACAAAGCCCAAUUUGCACAACUUGGUGCCCUCGCGGCAUGCGUGCGAGUGGUGUCAGAGUUUGGAUGUGGUUCGCUUGCACAUACACGACAUUAUCUAUCAGCAGUACAUGUGCGCCUAAAGAUGUCCGCGUAAUGUUAGACGGUCUCAAUAAACAAAUUUUGCCUUUACCUUAGGCCACCUCACUGGCCGCGUGCACUUUGCUUUCCUUUAGUCCUAAUCACCUUGUGUUUGAAGACUGCUACGGAAUUGAGAUGUACACCACACUCUGCGAGACAACAGAGCAUUUGGAAAUAUUGAAUGUCGGGGCGAUGGUACUGGCUUCAGUAGCACCUACUGCGAGUGGCCGCUGGGAAGCACAAGCUGAAGGCAGAACACUUCACUUUGAGAAAACAGCCGGCCUCCGGGCGCUUGUACGCUGCGAAAAAUGGGUCUUUUCAAACUCCUCAUCUCCCCACUGGCUCCACCAAGCUAUUUCUGCCUUGCAGAUGAGCCCUAUUCAGCUUGAUGAGGUGCAAGCGGCUCACCAGUCUUCUAGUGGCAAGCUUAGUGCGCAUGAUCUUGAGCUAUUUCCCCAGGAGUAUCUCUUUGAAGAAGUUCUAGCACUGACUACUCUAGAUCACAUUGUAACAAAUAGCCCAGAUCUGCGCAACCUAGCAUUCCGCUUGUAUUGACGACUGCAAUGUACUGCCAGUGCAGUCUGUUUUUCUAGAGGGGGUGUGGGUUGAAACUGCUUGGGCACCCCUCAUUUUUUUCCCGCUGCACCUGGCAAAGAAGUCUUAACGGGCAGCAAACGUAUCAAUUACACAAAACUAGCAGCGUGCACCGACAAUGAAACAAUUUGCACAAGCUUUUUACGUGAUCAAAAAGAUAGUUUACUCCUCAGGCUCAUGUCACUCCACGACUAGCUUUACUAUAACCGUUAUACGCAGACUCUGGAUUGGAUCCUGAGCCCAUUAGCUAGGACGUGCUAGGACCAAACAUUGGAGUAUGUAUCUAUCCCCCAGCGGCCUCAAGCCGCACAGUUCGACCGUCGGCGACAGCAUGAGAGAGAAAUGAAUUACGGCCCAUUUUGCAAAAACGGGCGCUCACGGGAAAAACCGUCCGCUAACCGUUUAGAUGCCAAAUGAGCCGUAAUUCAAUUAUAUUGCGACCUUACGAGCUUGUAGGAUCCGCGAAGCCCCCCAGCCUCGAAAGCCGGUUGCGCUGGGAGAGCGGUAUUAAAAAAUGAUCUCACCCCCCAUCGGAGGAGGGUUGCCCCUGCUGGUGUCGACGGCAGACACGCCACACAUGUGACGGAGGAGUCCAUCGUGGGGCCCAUUUGAGUCCUAUAAAGGGGCCUGCACCCAAAGUGAGGAAUUACCGUAGCUUUUCUCCCUGAAUAGCUUGAACCCCGAAACUUGCUACGAACAUACUUAAGGUAAUGACUAAUAUUCACGCAAAACAGGGGCUGCAAACGGUAGGGGGGUUUGGGGUGCGCCGGCCGCGGGCAGGCCGCUGGCCGGACGGCGGAGUCUCAAAGUUCCAAAUCGUCGUCGUCGUCGUCCGCAUCGUCGUCGCCCGCAUCGACUAUAACCCCGCGCCGGUCCCCGGGCCCGUGGUUUCUCGCAGGAGCGCCCUCGAAGCUCUCUAUUCGUCCCGCGUCGACCUCGACGCGGCCGCCGCGGUGCAAUGAUUUCCAGCUUUUCGAGCGCUUGAAGUUAUCCGCGGGGCUCGGGGCAUACCCACCGUACUGUCCGCACCGCUUUUUGUGCAGUGGCGUGCCCACAUCGCGUAUCGCACAUCAUGUGGUAGGAGAGCGAUUUGGCGCAUCGCGAAAUGUUGUGCUGCCGCGCUUUUUCUUGGCGCACCGCCUCGGCCGACCCCUUGAGCGGUCAGAAAUAGCUUGGGGCUGCCUAUGGGUGCGUUUAGGCUGCGCACGAGGCCAAAACAAAAUCGCGUUUAAUCG